AUGGAGCAAAACACACUCAAGAGACGUGGCGUAGGCCUCACUGGAGUGGAUAAGCAGCGAUCCUUUGGCGGCUAUACUCUCUUCUGUCCUCUUACCGGUGACACCGCGCAUCUGGUCGACAUUGACGGCAAUGAGGUCCAUUCAUGGAAGCUCCCCGGCAGAGUCGGUCGCCACGCCAGAAUCCUGCCGAAUGGAAACCUCGCCGUCAACACGCUCCGGCCUCCCGUAAAGCAAACCACCGCCGACGGUGGCCCGUUUCCCUUUCCCUUUUUCAACAAGUACGGCGGCGGCGUCAUGUCCGAGCUCGACCCGGACGGCAACGUCGUGCGCCAGUUCACCGACCCUCUAGGCCACCACGACCAGUACCACUACGGCGACGGCCGGAUCCUGUACACCGCGCUCGAAGCGCUGUCGCGGGAGGACUCGGCCGAGGUGCUCGGCGGCGUCCCGGGCAGCGAGAUUGACGGCAUCACCUACGCGGAUACCAUCAGGGAGGUCGACGCGACCGGCAACCUCACGUGGGAGUGGAAGGUGUCGGAACGGCUGCCGCGGGCGGAAUACCCCCUCCAGGCGCACUACACGCGCGAGCACUACCCGCUCAUCAACUCUGUGCUGCCGCUGCGCGACGGCAACAUCCUCGCGUCGCUGCGGUCCGUCUCGGCCGUCAUCAUCAUCGAGCGGUCCACGGGCGAUAUCCUGUGGCGCCUCGGGCCCGAGGUGCUCGCGCAGCAGCACAACGCGACGGAGCUGGCCAACGGCAACAUUCUCAUCUUUGACAACGGCGCCUUUCGCAGCGGCGAGUCCAUCACCUACACGCGGGCCGUCGAGGUGGACCGCGCGACCAGGAGCAUCGUGUGGGAGUACCGCGACCGCUCGCAGAUGCUCAACUUUUUCACGCCGUUCAUGGGAAGCGCGCAGCGGCUGGCCAACGGAAACACGCUGCUGUGCGAGAGCGCCUUUGGUCGUCUGUUUGAGGUGACUCAAGAUGGGUAUAUUUGCUGGGAGUACAUCAACCCGCACUUUGCGGCGUAUCCUGAUGGCGUGACGGCCGGGAUCUUUCCGGGGGAGUCGAAUGCGCUGUUCCGCGCGUACCGAUAUUCGCUGGAUGAGAUACCUUGGCUGGAGCAAAAGUUGACUGCGUCCGAGGGGUCAAAGCCUAGUUGUGCGGUGAUGUGA